GUUGCAACCUGAGCAAAAUUUAGUUGUUGGCGUCUGCGCUCAAGCAAGCGAAGCGGCUCCGAACAGGGCCUGGGUAAUUGAACUAAUAAAUCUAGCUGUGUAACUGCGAGCUCCCGACUCGUUCAGGAUCAAGGCGAAACCAUUAAACCUACGCUCAGAUUCUGCCUUAACUUCGCUUGCAUGUAGUCGCACGAUACACAUGCUCCUACCUAUUGAUGGCAUUCCAUCUUACAAUAAAACAACGCCAACGUCCGGAACAAUAAACAUUUGAAAAAUAUUGACGUGAAUCGUAAAGACGCAGUGGCAAAUAGCACCUUAUCAACAUUGUACGAUUAUGGAGUGAGCUACAUGUUGUUCAGUUCGAUAGUUUUCAUGAACAGGACGUUGCGUCGACAGUUGAUAAGCGUUGUUAUCGUUUGCAUAUUAAAGUCUAAUAUUGUUGUACACUCAACACAGAGCCCAGUCAGUGAGAAUGCAGAGAAGUUCGACGGUGAAUUCGACAGUUUCCUAAAAGAUUUGGGAACGUUAAUCUAUAGACCUAAACAUUCUUCAGAUGCUACCAAACAUAUUGAACACGUUCAUCACACUACAGUUCCAGUCAAGAGUUACAGGAGAAGUCAAAAUGCUCUCAGCGCGCAAAAGCAAGUUCUUGGAGAUGUGCUCAUGCUAAAACUUGUGUCUUAUUACGAAGACAAAUAUAAACUGACACAUAUAAUCCCAACCACUACUGAAAGUAUUACAAUGUUGAAAAGAUAUACAAACUCUGUGCGGUUUGCGAAUAGAGUAUACAAUCAAGUCGAUAGGAAUGCGGUGAUAAACAACCAACCUCAAAAUCAGGCGACUUAUGGUAUGGCUAGAAGGAUGCAGGCUCCAAAAGAAAUGGACGAUGACGAAAUACCAGAAGUCAUAACGUUAUAGCACAAAACAAAUAA